AUGCGAUUGAUAGCCGUGUCCUCAAAGUUCACAGUAUGGAGAGUGCAGCCGACAACACAAGAUCAAGUAGAUAUUUUACAGAAUUUGUAUAUGCAUGAUGUGAAGUUAGACUUCUGGAAAUCUCCAUCAGAAGCCGGAAAGGAGGUCCAUGUGAUGAUUUCUGAUGAGAAGACACCUAAGUUUUUACAAGAAAUGGAUGAUCACUCGAUAGCUCAUUCAGUUAUGAUUGAUGAUGUUCAGAAAGUGAUUGUCGAGCAGAAGGAGAAACGGGAUAAACUGCGAAAACAGGUUCGAUUACACGAUUGGAGGGAACAAAAGGUUCAAUUCAAUCUGGCUCAAUAUCAUUCGUUUGCUGACGUCAUCAACUAUUUGAAUUCUCUAGCCAUCACAUACCCAGAGUUAGUAUCAGUUCAGCCAAUUGGAACGACUCAUGAAGGAAGACAGAUUCCAUUGAUUAAAAUAACAAACAAGCGAAACGGUGGAACGAAACGAGGAAUCUGGGUUGACGGUGGUAUUCAUGCACGCGAAUGGGUCUCCCCGUCUACAGUACUCUAUUUCAUUCAUCAACUGGUGACUCAAUAUGAUAAAGAUGCUCAAAUAAGACAGUUUGUGGAUACAUUGGAAUGGUAUAUUGUUCCACUUCUCAAUCCAGAUGGUUAUGAAUACAGUAGAAGUAGUAAUGAUCCAGAAAUUCGAUUGUGGAGAAAGAACAGAUCACCACCAAAGUGUAUUCAACAAGCAACUGGGCUAUUCCAACCACCAACAACAACGUGUUGUCAAGGAGUAGAUCUGAAUAGAAACUUCGAUUGGUUCUUCGGACAAGUUGGCUCUUCGACUGAUCCAUGCUCUGAAAUCUAUCAAGGAGCUUAUGCAUUCUCUGAGCCAGAAACUGCCGCUGUUAGAGACUUUGUUCAAAGACAUCGAAUCUCCACUUUCUUGACUUUCCACUCGUAUUCUCAGAUUUUGAUGUAUCCAUUUGGACAUCAAGUUAGGACUUAUUCCAAUGAUUUGAAUGAUUUGAGAUCAACAGCUUUAUCAGCAGCUCAAGCAUUGAAUAGCGUAUACAACACUCAAUAUAAAGUAGGAACUGGGGCUGAUACUCUCUACCCAGCAUCCGGUGGUUCAGAAGAUUGGGCCAAGGGAAAAGCUCAUGUCAAAUACUCAUUCCUAUUCGAGUUGAGACCAGAAGAACAAGUUUGGGAUGGAUUUUUGUUGGCUGAAAACCAGAUUAUUCCAACUGCUCGUGAGACGUGGGAAGCUGUGAAAGUUAUCGCAGCCAAAACAAUCGAGUUACCAUCAAACACUCAUAGAGCACCGCCAAAGCGAUGCGUAGAUCAUGACUCUCUCUGCCCGUCUUGGGCGCAAGGCGGAGCUUGUGAAAACUGGCCAGAAAUGCGUCUGAGGUGCCCCAGAUCAUGUCAAGUCUGCGUUUAA